AUGGCUGCCACGUCCUUCAACGGUGAACGAUUCAACAGAAAAGUCAUGUACCACGAUCGAGAAUAUCAAGAUUACUCUCUUAGACAUGAGACAUAUCUUGCGCCCGUUGAUCUUGAAGAAGAGACUCGGCUGAGAGAUCAGCAUGAGAUAUUGAAGAUGGUAUACCGAGACUGGGACAAUUCUUUGCACCCGAACUUCAUCGAAGACCCAGAAUCGAUACUUGACUGUGGGUUUGGUUCGGGGAACUGGGCCUAUGACCUCGCAGAAUAUGAUCCCAAUUGCACAGUUAUGGGAGUUGACAUCUGUCCUCUGAUGGCCCCUCCAGAUCAACUAGACAACAUGGAUCUCCAGAUUGCCAAUCUCAACGACCGUAUGGACUUCGCCGAGCCUGAAACCUUUGAUCUCAUCCAUUCCAGGUUUGUUGCCAGCGGUAUCUCUGCGACACGCUGGCCGAACUACCUCCGGGACAUGUACCGGCUUCUGCGGAAGGGUGGAUGGGUCCAAGUAACAGAGUGGGAUUUGAAUUUUCGCUCCGAAGUCGGGGAUACAGACGCCCUCCAAGCACUCCAGGAAUGGAGCAGGUUAUACAUGCAGUCUCUGAGUCUGACGACUCGUCCACAAGGUAAAAAGAGCGCCAGGGUCACCCAGGACUGCGAGACAUGGCUCCGCAUGGCUGGCUUCGCUAGUGUGACCACGGAUAUAAGGGAUGUUGCGACGUGUCCAUGGCCUUCCGAUACCCACCAGCGAAAUAUCGGUGAAGCCAACCUGUCCAACAUGAAGGACCUGAUACGCUCCCUUGCGCUAUAUCCUGUAACGCAACGGCAGCUGCGCAGCAUUGAGGAGUUCCAGGCUCUCGUUGAUAACGCAUGUGCUGAGCUCGGUAACAUCCAGGCCGAACCAUACAUCAGACUGUAUAUCCUCUUCCCCUAA